CUGGAGCUUGUUGGUCUUGCUAUCAUUGGUCUGAUUGUCCUUGUGUUCAACUUUGGUGCGCAGAUUAACCAUUAUAAAGUGACCCGUUGGUUAGACUCUGUCUACCCAGUUUUGAACGAGAACUUUGCACAAGUUGGUGUUAAGAAGGGCCAGUCCACUAUAAAGGAUUCUGCACAGUCGUACACAAGCUAUGCCACUGGUAGAGUCAACGUGAAGGGACUCGUUUCCAGAUUCACUUUGAUUGCAAGACAAAACUUCUUCCUGUACUUGGCGGAGUUGGCGAUGUCGUUCUUCUUUGAAUCCAUCGAAACCCCAUCAGAUCAAGUUGAAGUUGUCCUCAACUUCAUCGAUGCUGAAAAGUUGAACAAGUUCAUCUUUGCUGUGGUCAACAAGGAUGGUAUGUCCAAGGCUAGAGAAAACAACUACUACCUGUCAUUGACAAAGACCACCGAGUCUUCAAAGUUGCCUUUGCAGUUUGUCUUCAUGUCUGAAUCCACAGAGUUGAACGAGAACCUUGUCACUCCAGAACUCUUAGCUGCAUUGGAGAAGUCCUCUGGAAUCUUGGACUAUUUGGCUGUUACUGACCUUCCAGCUGAUAAGCCAACCACCGAGGCUGAGUUUGUUUCUGAACCAAAGAUCAAACUGCUGUUGUCUUUGCAAACAGACGCCAAAUCCCUUGCGGCAGCUAAGGAGUUGAUCUCUGAAGUGCUGAACCUCGCCGACAGAGUUGUCAAAUUCUCCUUGAAGGCCGACCAGCAGAAGAAGAUCAACAACGUUAGAGUCAACGAGUUGAACAAGAUUAAGAAGGCCAUUGCAGACGCUAAGGCUGAAGAGCUCAAGGAGCUGAAACUCGAAGCUGAGAGAAAGGCCAGAAGAGAAUCCAAGUUAUCACCAGAGGAGCAGGAUAAACUUGAUAAGAAGAAGAAGGAAAAGAGAGAAAGAAGAGCUAAAAACAGAAUGGUGAAGAGAAUGUAAAACCUUCUUUUGCUUCUUCUCUCUAAUAUGUAAGUUCAUCGAAAGCAUCUUAAUUGAUCUACUUGUUUAAUCAUCAAAACUUCGUCACCCUUGCUGUUAUAGUACAAUUCUUAUAGCUCUGUCAUUGGAGGUGGCAGUUCUAAACACCUCGACGGUUCCCCUG